AUGAGCACAAAUAUCCCACCGAUUUCGGUGCAACUUUAUACUUUGCGAGAUGCUUGUCAGGAGGACUUCGAUGGCGUUCUGACUCAGCUCGCUGAAGCCGGGUAUGCCGGGGUAGAGCCAUUCAGCCUGUUUGGUAAAUCGCCAGAUGAAUUUUGCCGUCAGGUACAGGACCUGGGUAUGCAGGUCAGCUCGAGCCAUUUCCCCUGGACCAAUCGCACCGAGAACCUUAAUGAGGUGGUUGAGACUAUCCAGGCACUGGGUUUAACCCGUGCACCAGGUGGCUUUGCGCCAGAUGAUUUCAAAGACAGGGCCAGCCUUGAGCAGACCAUUGCAACCACCGCUGAACUGGCUGACGCUCUGAAACCCCAUGGUCUCACGCUGUUUCUACACAAUCAUUAUUGGGAAUACGACUUGAUUGAUGGCAGGCCCGCGUAUCACUACCUGCAGGAUGCGGUACCUGAAGUGGAAUUUGAAAUUGACAGCUAUUGGGCAGCUAACUUCGGCCGGUGCAACCCGGCAGCGGAGAUCACCCGCGUUAACAGACGUGUACCCCUGAUCCACGUCAAAGACGGUCCGUUAAUCAAAGGUUUAAGUCAUGUGGCUGUCGGCGAUGGUAAAAUGGAUAUUCCCGCGCUGUUUGCAGCCGCAGACCCGGACACGCUGGAGUGGGCAGUGGUUGAACUCGACCAGUGUGAUACCGACAUGAUGACUGCAGUAACAAGAAGCUAUAACUACCUCACCUCAAACAAUUUGGCGCACGGCAAUGCAAUCCAGGCUGCAGCAGUGGUCGCCAUUGGUCGCGAAGCGGAAGCGUUGACGCGGUAUCCAGGCGGCCUGGGGCACCAGCGUCUGCGUGAACUGAUGGCACAGCGUGAAGGCCAACGCGAAGGUGUUACCGUCGAUCCCGAGCAUCUGAUCAUCACCAACGGAUCUAUGCAGGCAGUGACACUAACCGCCCAGGCCCUGAUGGAAAAUAAAGGUGACACGGUUCUGGUUGAAGAAUAUUCCUAUCCGGGCACCUUGAGUGCCUACCGUGGUAUUGGUCUUGAGAUGGUAGGCAUCAAACUCGACGAGGGUGGCAUGCGUAUUGAUCACAUGGCCGCUGAGCUUGCGCGACUGGAAAGUGAAGGCCGCCGACCCAAGUUCAUUUACGCCAUCAGCACCUAUCAGAAUCCGACAGGUUUUAUCAUGCCUAGAGCACGACGCCUGGAAAUGAUCGAGCUUGCUGCGCGAUACGAUAUUCCCAUUGUUGAGGAUAACUGUUACGCAGACGUACAUUAUGAAGGCGAAAUCGAGCCUGCUUUAUUUGCAUUGGAUGACAAUCCAAAACAUAUCUACUUAGGCUCCCUGUCAAAGAUACUCGCACCGGGGUUUCGCCUGGGAUACAUCUAUGCGCGCCCACCGAUGCUGGAGAAAAUGCUCGCCCAUCGCCAUGAUGCCGGCUCGAACUAUCUGGCUUCUGCAAUUGCAGCAGAAUUCUACAAAGACGGCAUCGGUGCUCACGCCGCUGUCACCAAUCCGGUGCUCAAAAUCAAACGCGAUCUCACCGUGAACGGAUUAGCUAACCAUCUCGACGACAUUUGUGUGUGGUCAAAUCCUGCAGGAGGUCUGUUUGUCUGGGUACGCAUGCCGGAUGAUGUGGAUCGACCAAAGCUAUGGCAACUGGCCCAAGACAAUGGGGUUGCCUAUUUACCCGGCGUGGCUUUUCACUAUGCCAACCGCAACAAACCUUAUCUGCGCCUGGCGUUUGGCCAUUUGACUGAAGACCAGAUCGUUCAGGGUAUUCCGGUACUGGCGCGCUGUAUUCGUGAGGCGCGCACCAGCAAUGAAGCGCGCACGUUUCACAGCCUGUUCGAGGAAGAAGACUAG